GUGCUAUUCGACGGUUAGCUCUAGUCAGCUGUUAACUGUCAAGAAGGGUUUCUUUGCUGCUCAACAAAAACACGUUCUAUCGUUUUGCUUCCAUAAAAUAAGGUUUUCUAUUGCUCUUUUGCAUAUAUUUUAUCUAUCUAUAUUACGGCGAGUGUGAGUGUUGCGCCGCACCUUGCAAUAGCGUUUCAAUUUUCUGCUUCGAAGGAAUUGUAUAUCUAGGACUUGUAUACACGGGGUAAAUAUUUUUCCAAUUACUAUGUCAUGCGUUACCAUGAUGCAGGAAGUACGAGCGAGAUAGAGCGAACUACAUAGAACGAGUUGUUGAAUUUAUUGAUCAUCGUAGUAGGUCCCGCAUUCUCGCAUUUGUUUGUUUGACGUUUGCCCUGUGCUGUUCGAUGUUUGGAGGGUGAUUUUAAAUCUAUUUUGUUUUCUGGUGUAAGAAAAAUCACCACACAAUAGAAUGAAUGGAUAAAGAAACCUUUAGUUCCGUGCUAUAUUAGUGCAGUGAAGUGUUUUUAUACAGCAAACAAAUUAUUUGCCUGUGUGGAACUGUAGUUAAACUUGAAAGAGAAACAAAGCCGUCACAUAUCACACACCCAUGCAUCAACAAACAGAAUGACUCACUACUUGCUAACAAACUACGGCAACGGGUCCGGAAGUGUGUCCAGUUUUGUGUUCACUUCCGUAUAGACGAAAGUGGUCUCUGCAGGUAAAGACGUAUCUCCUUACCCAUCCUGCAUGCGUGCAUGGUGGGAAAUCCCGUUUUGCUGCACCGUCGUUCGAAGAUUCGUCACAUGAUUGCGGGCUGCUGCAAGGCACGACACAGGCGACGGAAGUGGGAAAAGUUCCAUUUUUCCCGUACGAAACUUCUGAACCCGAUGCGAAAUGGGCAACUGCCUCAAGGGAUGCCUUUCCGACGACACCAAUGGUGGGAUGAGCCGCACACGAGCGAGUGCAAGUGAUAGUCAGUACGAGAUCCUGAUCGAGGGAAUGCAAGGCACGGAUGGCCAUCAGGAUGGUGAUGAAUUGCAAGAAGCAAUAAAAAUCAAAUCAAAUAGAAAAUCAAACUUUUUCAACAAAUUCUGGACGAAAAGGAAUGUGGACUACGCAAGACUGAACAAAGCAAAACACAAUAAUUUUUCGAAACGCGCUGCCACCGCUGGUAACGCAAGUAAACAUAAUCAGCAUCCAAAGUCGGGACUGGACAUUCAACUGCAGUGCCUCGAUGCACAUUCUUUGCUGCUCGUGUCGAAGGAUGGCCAUCGAAAAACGAACGCCAACGGUUACAACGAUCUACCAACGGACCAAACUUCCACGCCAGGUAGCUCGAUCGAUUUGGAGUGGGAAAAUGAUUACGGUUAUCAGCAUAGUCAGUGGUUAUCACAAGAGGACGACCAAACGGGACCUUCGCAGUUGCAAAGCUUUCCCGCCUCGGUUCAGGAAUCGGUGUUUAAAAUCGAAGAGUGGUCCACACUCAAACGAAGCAAGGAUCGCAUCAACGCACUCCGCAAACUGGAUCACCAGCAUCCGAUACACCAGGCACAAAGCAGUCGAUCGCACCUAGUCUCCAAAAACUCUACCGGAGAUGAUGACGUUACUGGGUCGCUCGAUUGCAUUCAUCCCGCGCCCAGUUUUCGCCCAUCCUUUGAACAGCAUGCGACAAGUCUCACACGGGUGGACAGAAUGACGCACGGCGAAUCGUCAGAUCUUUCCCACAUAUCAUCAACACCGGAAGGUUCACUCGAAUGGGACAUCGAUCAGGAUCGACAGCUAAAGUCGGAGAACGAAUCGUUGGAUUACGACACCAAGGAGUUGCUGCUGGAGAUUGAACAGCUGAAAAAUCGCGUUCUCAAUGAAACUGGAGCGACACUGAAGGAUGAUCUACCGAGCAGCUGAUCGGACAGUAGAGACGGGGAUGAUUUGGAUGAUUGGUAAACAGCAAACAUCCCUGCAUCUCAUCAAGAUGGCGACGGUUGGAAAAUUACGUUGGAUAACAGAUGCAACAUAGCAUAAGCCUUGUACAGUAGAGUUGCGGGAGAUGGAUAUAUUUAUUGUGUGUUUGUAUGAAUGUAUUAGCACCAACGUGAAACGUGUAGAGCAGUACUAAACGCUAGUGAAUUCCGAAAAGUAUAUAUUCUACCAUCGUUACACUACCAAUAGCCAGAAAUGUUGUUAAAUCCAACCAACUGAACUGAUUCCCGUUCACACAGUUCAAAUCCCGUUUUAAAGUACACCUACCUACCCGUUUCUACGUUUUCCAACGACGGUUGAUUACAUCCUGUUCUCGUUAUCUGACGUCUGUUGGAUUUCUAUUUACUUUUAUUUUCCGCCUUUCCUCUAGGUACGAAAACCGAUAUAUUUAUAAAAAUAUGUGCACACACAAAUGCACCAGAUUAUCUACAAUAGAAAUAGAGCAUCGUUGCAUUUGCUGCUUCGUUUAUCUUCUUUGUUCGUGAGCGAAAAAUGUCACCAAUAGUAGCGUCACGGUAACUAGAGUGUCCUUCCCAGUUUUCCGAUAGUUGUAUUGUCGUGUUAAAAUAAUACUUAUUUUAUAUAUUAUUGUAAAAGGCUAGGUUAGCAGAACAGCUAUCGAAACUCACUAGCGGAACAACAGUAACAAUGAAAUGUGCAUUUGUUGGCCUCUGUUGUACGGAGUGCAAAAUUCAUACUAUUUAGUGAAUGAAAUAUAUAUACAUAAAUGAUAGAAAACUGCAA